CAGUAUCAUUACGUGGCACAGCUGGAGCAGCGGAGCUGGGAUUUUCGUGACACUGGGGAUUCUUUGCGCUGGGGUGCAAGACGGAGAGUGUGAGACAUGUCGGGCAGUUCCGAUGUGAUGGGGGUCGCCGAGGACCUGGCGGAUCAGUUUCUACGAGUGACAAAACGGUAUCUACCUCAUCUGGCUCGCUUGUGUCUAAUCAGCACUUUCCUGGAAGAUGGCAUUCGGAUGUGGUUCCAGUGGAAUGAGCAGAGGGACUACAUCAAUAUGUCGUGGGGCUGUGGGUUUUUUCUGGCUGUUAUGUUUGUACUAAUCAACAUGCUCGGACAGCUAGCUAGCUGCGUCCUAGUAUUGGCCCGAAAAUUCGUACCCUAUGCUUGCUUUGGUUUAUUCGGCAUCAUUUUCAUGCAGACAGUUGCCUACAGCAUCUUGUGGGACCUCAAGUUUUUGAUGAGAAACCUUGCUUUGGGUGGUGGAUUGCUGUUGCUCCUGGCAGAGUCCCGGUCAGAUGGAAAAUCUAUGUUCGCUGGUGUACCAACAGUGAACGAUAACUCCCCGCGACAGUACAUGCAGCUGGGGGGCAGAGUGUUGCUUGUCCUCAUGUUCAUGACACUACUACACUUCGAGGCCAGUACCUUCACUAUUUUCCAGGACAUCUUUGGAAUGGUGUUGAUCAUCCUAGUAGCUAUUGGGUUCAAGACGAAGCUGGCUGCCCUGACCCUUGUCAUUUGGCUUUUUAUUUUAAACAUGAUUCAGAAUGCUUUCUGGACCAUCCCCACCUUCAGACCCCUGCACGACUUCUUAAAGUACGACUUUUUCCAGACCAUGUCAGUAAUAGGAGGCCUGCUUCUUGUGGUGGCUUUGGGACCAGGUGGGGUUUCCAUGGACGAGCAUAAGAAGAAGUGGUGAAGACUGAAGAUGAAAGAGCUUAUUUUUUUUUUUUUAAAACGGAGUCCUAUUUGUGUAUUUUUUCAUAUAUACUGUAUCAUUGUUCACUGUUGCCUUAGGAUAGAUUGUUUUCUAUCAAAUGCCAACUUUUAACAUAUGUAAAUUAAAGUAUCAUGGUCCAUGACAAUUCAA